UUCCUCCUUAAAAUUAGUAGAAACCAAUUGGCCGGAGGCGGGCUGCUAGGAGAGAUUGAAACAAGGACAACACUGUAUUACUGUGAUUUAUUAAGUUGAAACACGAUUAAGCAUGAAAAUUUGGACUUGAGGCUGCUUUUUCUAAAUGUGGAAAAUGAAAAGUUCUCAUCGGAAAGUUCACUUUUUUUCAAUAUAUCUAUAAUCUAUUGCUACUUUCCAAAAAAAAUUCUAUUUCAGCCCAUUCCUUAAAUUUGUUCCUGGGUGUAGAUGUAGACUUUUAAUGUGCCGUCUAGAAAUUCGCAUCUGGUUAUUAUUUUCGUUUUUGUUUAAUUUUAAUUGAUAUGCGAAUGUGCUGAGAGAUUUGUUGAUUAAAUGUGAUAGGUUUUUUAUUAGAGAAGCUGAGAUAUUUGGGGAGGAGAAGGUGGAAUGUUGAAUUAGAUUUAGGGAUUGUGCCUGAGGAUUUUGAUUGCCAUUGGUUGUAUAAUGGAGUCUGCGAUGCCUGAACCGCGGGGGAGAAAACGGAAGAAUCGUGAUUUGGAAAGCACAGAGGGGCGUGAUGGGAAGAGAAUAAUGUCGACGAGGUCAUUAAGGCUCGAGGGAAGAUAAGUGCGGAAAUUUUUUAAGGGAAGUGGGUUGUUUUCGGGGAAGAUAAUGUCUCACGACUCAGGUUUGUCUCGGGUAAACUAUGAGGAUGGAGAUUUUGAGGAUUUGGAUAGUGGUGAAGUGAAGGUUAUUAUAGUGGAAGAAUGUGAUUUGAAUGAGAAGAAAGAGAGAUUGGACAAGUUACUGCCAAUUAAAGAUGUAAAUGGAAAGUUGAGAAGACGCUAGAGCCAGAAAAAUGUGAAUCAAGUUGAUUAGAGGAGUGGUGAAGCUGCCGCAGACUUGGUAGUAGAGAACAAUGAUGAUGGUAAUAGCAAUGCAGAUGCCGAUUCCUCAAAUGAUUCAUGUGAGGAUACUCGAGAUCAAGACAGACAUACUUGUUCCACCUCCAGAGUUGCCUCAGUCUUCUGGGCAUAUUGGUGUUCCCACCUCCUCUCUGAACAUAUCAUUUAGUGUUCUGCUGUUUUGUAGGAGCACUAAAUUGCUUUGUCGUUGUUGGACUCCAUUCCUGUUGCUAUGUUGCAUGUUUUGAAGAGGCUCUCAUCAGAAGGUUCAGAGCUGGCAUUAAAAUGCAUGAGGUGCUUGGACUGGACCUUACUGGACAACUUAACUUGGCCACUGUACUUGGUCCAUUACCUAAUGGUGAUGAAUCCCAAAAAUGGCCCUGACUGGAAGGAUUUUUAUGUCCAUUCGCUGGAGAGAGAGGAAAUUAAUUGUUUUGCAGAUUUUGUGUGAUUUUAUUUUGGAUGCUGAAGAACUGAGAGCAGAAAUGGAUAUGCGUGAAGAAUCAGAAGUAGGAAGACAUGGAUACGAAUACUGUGGUCAAACCUACUGGUGCAUCCAAAAGACAUCCUAGAGCCUCUGGGUUCAAGGAUAGAGAACAAGAUGCAUAUGAGAUGAAGUCUUCUAUUGAUAGGCAUUCUAUUCAAGUAGGCGGAUCGGAAAGUUCUGCUGAUGAUGAUGCUAAUGGUGAUGAAUGUCGCAUCUGUGGCAUGGAUGGUUUGCUGCUUUGCUGUGAUGGAUGCCCAUUGUCCUACCACUCAAGAUGCGUGGGACUUAACAAGAUGCAUAUGCCUGAAGGUUCAUGGUAGUAUUGCCCUGAGUGUAAAAUAAAGGCGACUGAACCAAAAAUUUUGCAAGGAACAACCUUACGAGGAGGAUAUAAUUUUGGUGUCUAUCCAUAUGGACAAGUAUUUGUUGCUACAUGUGACAUCUACUUGUAUUGAAGGCCUCAGUUGACUCUGAAAUUUGUCUGAGAUACUACAAUAGACGCGACAUUCCUAGGGCUCUCCAAGCAGAGCAUGUUGCCAUAUAUUCAGAAAUAUGCAUGGGGGUCGUGCAGUAUUGGCAACUGCCUGAGGAAAUUGUACCUCUCAAUAAGAUGACUGAAGUCGGUGUACAAUUAACAAUUGAAAUAGAAAGUGGUGUAUGUACCGAUCAUGUGGAUAAUCUGUUGGACAAUUCAACUGUGAAGACGACUGAGGUUGAGAACACUGGAAGUUGUAUCAGCACUACUAGUGCAGCAGAUACGACUGUUUCAAGUCUUAUGAACUGUGUUCCUGAACCUGUCCAAUGUGUGAACACUUCGGAUAAGGUGGCCAAACCUGUUCAGUUGGGUAACACAGAUUAUGCUAAAGAGCAAUAUGGUAUUAUUGUGAACACCAAUGGACCCACUUCCUACAGUGGCUUAAUGGGUCAGCCUACUGAUACCAAUGAUUUGAGCCAACAAAGCACUUCAAAUGUGACAGAAGUUGUUGCCCACUCAACAAGAAACCAGAGCAAUUAUUACAGUGGUCCAAGCAGCUAUGUUUCUCAAGAAGCCAAAAUUUCCAAUUCGUUCCUGGAACUUAACAAUAUGGUGGACAAGCUGUUGUAUCAAAAUUCAUGUGAUGGUUGCUCAUACAUGGGGUCUUCCUUCAAAACAUGUGGUUAUAUAAAUAAUUAUUUGCAUGGAGAUCUCGCUGCUAAUUUGGCUAAUUAUUUGAGAUCCCAAGGGAGAGAUGUGGUAAGCAAGAGAGGAUGCUAUUGCUUAUUAAAUGCAGCUGCUUCAAAUGCCAACAGAAAGGUACUUGCUGGUGUUCGCUCUAUGAAGAAGGAUGGGAGGCUUCCUGGUGUCGCAACAUAUAUUAUGUUUAUGGAGGAGAGCUUAGGUGUUCUACUUAUUGGUCCCUUCCGUAGUGACACUUUCAGGAAAAGAUGGCGCAAAGAAGUUGAACAAGCCACUGAUUGCAUUGCAAUAAAAGUAGUUUUGCUUGAACUUGAGCAUAAUGUGUCUGGAGAUUGGAUAAAGCUUGUUGAUAAUGGGUCAACUCAAUCUUCUACCACUCAGAAGCGCAGACCAGGAAGGCGUGGCCGGAAACCUUCUGGUGCAGUGGAAGUUGCAACAUCAACUGAUUUCACCUGGUGGAGAGUCAAAGCUUAUGUUCCAAAGAUGCGUUCUGCCUUGGUCAAUGGUUAGAAAAGCAGCCCGUCAAGGUAAUGUGUUGGACAUUUUUUUCGCGGAGAAGUUCCAUGCUGGUUGUUUCUGUAUAUGAUUUUGUGGAAAUCCAUAACUGUAUCUGAAAAAGAUACACCUGGAAUAAAUUAUGUUGACGGAUAUGAAACUCCAAAAAUUAGCAGACAGCUUAUAUGGAGGUCAGCAGUUGAAAUGAGUAGGAACAUAACAUGGCACAAUUAGCUCUCCAGGUGCAUCGCACACUCUCUAUGAGCAGUACAGUAUAUUCAGGCAAUAAUUUCUUACGAAGAAUUUGAGCAUAAUGCCAAAAACGAAGCUCAAGUGGAAAGUGCGCAUUUUUGUCCCACGAAAAUAGAAUGGUGGUGGGAAUAAUAUGAAAAUAUCCUACAUUCGUCAAUUCUAUUGUCAUAAGAUGCAGUCUCCUAGUAAAGAAAGUUGUUGUGGAGUCGAAAACCAGAUAAAAAUGGAAGUGCACUUCACUUCAACUCCGAAUGGGAUUAGGGCGGAGCUGUUGCACAUUCAAAUCAACGUCUUCAAAAUCCGACAGAAGAGGAUUAGGGCAGAGCUUCAUAAUCCAUUCCAUCUUUUACAUCUAUUUAUUCUGGGGUUUUUUCAUUGAAAUCAGCUUUUUUCCUAUUAGUUAUACUAGCAUUAAGGGCGUGUUCGGUGUUUAUUAAUUGAGCUGGAGAGAGAUAAAACUGGAUAGAAUUGAAUGUUAUGGGGCCAUUUCAGUUCAGCAUGAUCGGACAAAACAUGAUCGGCAAUCAGUAUAUCUGAAAAUCCAGUUCAGCAUGAUCGGACAAAACAUGUCGAGGUGGAUCGACAUUUCAUCAAGGACAAUAUAGAGGCCAAGACGGUAGAACUUCCUUUUGUGAGAUCUGAAGAUCAGUUGGCGGAUAUACUCACGAAAGCUGUCGAUGCAAGAAGCUUCCAUGAGGUAUUGGGCAAGUUAAGUAUCGGUAAUCCCAUUACUUAACUUUUGUGCUAUGACGUAUUUUGUGCUAUGACGAAGAUCAUGAAUCUUUCCUAUGAGAGGAUUUACUUUGCACUUUAGAGGAGUGGCUAGAGGAUAAACUAUUAGGAGAUGAGGAUAGGAGUAUGAGGAGUCAAAGAAUCCGAAAAUACUGUGAUAGUAAGAACAAAAAAAUGGAUUGGGUGAAGGAUAUAAUGGAAGAUUUUAACAAUGUGCUUGGCUCCAUCACUAAUGGCCUCGGAGCCAUACACCGAGCAAAAGCCGUCCACGGAAAUUUGUUGAAAGGUGUCGCCAUAAAAAGCACACGAUCUCCCCAAAGCACAAGACAUGAUACUUUGAAAGGAAUACUUUUCGACAUGAAGGGAUAUCCGAGAAACGUUGUUCCAAGUGAGAAGUUAGCACUCCAACAAUCAGAUAACAUUGAGGAUCUCAAGAAGCUAGUGAAAAGGGUUUUCUUUUAUCCAUUUGAGGAAUCUAAUCCUCCUAUCCAGAAAUCCUUUUUGAGAGAGUAUGACAAGUUGUGCUUAAUGCAGCUACAAACAAGGCUAUCAACUAGAACCACCGAGGCUGGUUCUCUAAAGGGAACUUAGGGUCUAAACUUGACGAUAUUUUGGCCCCAGAAAGAACAAAUAGUUUUCAUGAGUAGGGUGUAUCGCCUACUAUAUCAUGAAUUACCAAAGCCAAAACAUGGUGGUAACCUAUUUGUUGUAUACUAUUUUCGUGAUUGGAACUGGAGUACAAAAGUUUCGAAACAUAAAGAUAAAACUUGUAGGGAUGUCUUCAAUUUCAAUCAUGGGAAGGUUGGUGACGAGGAGCCUUAUGAUAGACAUUCUUCUACGCAUUCGAUGGAUAAACUCCGAUUUUGGAGAAAUUGUAUUGAGCAUGUAAGAUUAAUAUAUAUAUAUAUAUAUAUAUAGGGUUUUGAUCCA